GAGUUGUAGUUUUUCCGGCUCUGUUGGGGACGCCCGGAAGGGUUAUUGUGGUUGGGGUCUCCAAGAGGCAAUUGCUUUGGUUCGCGACAGCUGGCACCAUGUCCCGCCUGUCGGUGCCCUGUCACGUGAAAGGCGCAGUAGCCCUGCAGAUCGGCGACGUGCGGACUGUCCAAGGCCGGCCUGGCGUGCUGGUCAUCGAUGUCACUUUCCCUAGCAUGGAGCCUUUCGAGUUGCAGGAGAUCACAUUUAAGAAUUACUACACAGCCUUUUUGACUAUCCGUGUCCGUCAGCAUACCUCAGCACACACACAAGCUAAGUGGGUGACCUGCCUGCGGGACUACUGUCUGAUGCCUGACCCACACAGUGAGGAUGGAGCCCAGGAAUAUGUAUCACUAUUCAAGCACCAGAUGCUGUGUGACAUGGCCAGAGUACUGGAGCUGCGUCUCAUUCUGCGGCAACCAUCACCACUGUGGCUAUCUUUCACAGUGGAGGAGCUGCAAAUCUUCCAGCAGGGACCAAAGAGCCCCUCUGUGACUUUUCCCAAGUGGCUCUCCCACCCAGUGCCCUGUGAGCAGCCUUCCUUUCUUGAGGGUCUCCCAGAUCCCAGCAGGGUGUCCUCUGAAGUACAGCAGAUGUGGGCGCUGACAGAGAUGAUCCGGGCCAGUCACACCUCCACAAGGAUUGGCCGUUUUGAUGUUGACGGCUGUUAUGACCUGAACUUGCUCUCCUACACUUGAACAGUGGCUCCUAGCUGAGAUUUUGGCCUUUCCAUGCCCACCAGGCUUGGUUUGGGCCGCCAGUGACAGAAGUGUGUUCCCGGUGCAUUCUGAGUGUUGUCUGCAUGUUCAUCCUGUCUGGGCCACGUCCACAGGUUCAAGACUCUUGGGACUCAUUAUGUUGCUUCAGGAUGAGUUCCUGGCAAGGUGCAUUCUUUUUCACCUGGCUGCAACACAAUUCCUUCUACUCUAAAAAUACUCCAAUUCUUUUUACUGAGAAUUCCUGAGUGUCCUCUGCCCAUCCUGCCCACAUACACACCCUAUCUUUUGUAGCUGUCCACACUGAAGCGCAGAGAGCUGGAAUGAACCAGUUCCAUCUAACCCUGGAAGGCCACUGCUACCUUGGCACUAUGAUUGGAAAGCUUGAGGCAGAAAGAGAUGCCCCAUCCUCCUUCCAUGCCCCAUAGUAGUCUUCUUUCUCUUUGUACUAUGUCCACAAAAAUAAUUUCUUCUCUAAAACUUUAUUAUUAUUUUUUUAGUACAUACUUGUCAUAUAUAUCGAUCAUGUUCAUCAUAACAAAUCUCAAUUGUUCUUUUCAUAAAAGAAGUUUCUUGUCUAAACUUUUCUGCUACCUUCUGGGGAGACAAAACUCAGGAUUUUAGUAGCCAAGUUCCUAGGUCCCUGAGCUGGCUCUGGGAUAUGUGUUCAUUGAGCCUGGACAGGCGCCUCUGCAAGCCUAGUGCUUAAGAAUGAGACCAGCUACCUGUCUGCCAUCUGUGCAGCCCAAGCACACCCAUAUCCUUGUCCCAGCUGCCUAAUACAUGCUGAUCAGGAGUCAACCUUGGCAGGGGUAGAUCCAAAGGGGAUUUUCAUUAGUGCCUUUUGAGAGGAUGAGCCCCAGCAGUUCUCCAGGCCAAAUGUUGAGUGAUCCAGGUUGCUGCUGCUUCAAGAGAGAAAAUCUCGUUCCCUUCUGGCUUGUGUCCCUGGAAAAUUGGAUAAACGCAGACUCACCAACCA